GGGCAUUUUCCGUAAUUGAUCAACGGCUCUCUCAGAAAUAUAGCCGUUACCGACUUUCCGAUUAUAGAAAUUAGAGUCCUCCAAAACCCUAAAUUGGCUCUACCCCUUUAUAAGCAACCCAAAAUUUCGUACCUUUUCACUCACUUCAUCAAUCUGCUCUCUCAUCUCUCAUCAAUCAUCAGCCACCAACAAUUCUUCGCUCUCUCUGCUCUGAUCUCUCUGCUCGAAUUUACUAACGAUCCCUUCUCUGCAGGCUCAUCUUUAUCUAAUUUCGUUUACUCAUUAUAUCUUCUAAUCCGUUUCGUAUACUAUCGCUAUUCUUGUUUUCUGUUUGUUUGUAUUUUGGGAUUUUCUUUGUGUUUAGUGAUAAUGGAUGCAGGUUUGAAUCGGUGCCCACUUCAAGAACACUUUCUUCCCAGAAAAAAUUCCAAGGAAAAUCUGGACAGGUUCAUACCGAAUAGAUCAGCGAUGAAUUUUGACUAUGCUCACUUUGCCCUCACUGAAGAAAGAAAAGGUAAGGAUCAAUCUGCAACGGUAAGUUCACCAUCCAAAGAGGCCUACAGGAAGCAAUUGGCUGAGACCAUGAACUUGAACCACACAAGGAUUCUCGCCUUCAGAAACAAACCUCAGGCUCCUGUCGAACUGCUUCCGAGCAAUCACUCUGCUUCUCUUCACCAACAACCCAAAUCUGUAAAGCCUCGUCGAUACAUUCCUCAGACUUCUGAGAGAACCUUGGAUGCACCUGACAUUGUUGACGAUUUCUACCUCAACUUGCUGGACUGGGGAAGUGCAAAUGUCUUAGCCAUAGCGUUGGACCACACUGUCUACUUGUGGGAUGCUUCCACUGGUUCUACAUCUGAGCUUGUGACCAUUGAUGAGGAGAAGGGACCUGUCACAAGUAUCAACUGGGCUCCUGAUGGUCGUCAUGUUGCAGUUGGACUCAACAACUCUGAAGUCCAGCUGUGGGAUUCUGCAUCCAACCGUCAACUGAGAACAUUAAAGGGUGGUCACCAGUCAAGAGUAGGAUCACUGGCAUGGAACAAUCAUAUCCUUACUACUGGAGGAAUGGAUGGACUGAUCAUCAACAAUGAUGUGAGGAUCAGAUCACCCAUUGUGGAAACUUACAGAGGUCACACUCAAGAAGUUUGUGGGCUCAAGUGGUCAGGAUCUGGACAACAACUAGCAAGUGGUGGCAACGACAAUGUGGUACACAUCUGGGAUCGUUCUGUCGCUUCCUCAAACUCAACCACACAAUGGCUGCACAGGCUUGAGGAACAUACAUCUGCUGUGAAGGCUCUUGCGUGGUGCCCUUUCCAAGCGAAUUUGCUUGCAACUGGUGGUGGUGGAGGAGACAGGACGAUAAAGUUCUGGAAUACUCACACUGGGGCUUGCUUGAAUUCAGUAGACACUGGUUCCCAAGUUUGUUCGUUGUUAUGGAGCAAGAAUGAAAGAGAGUUGCUUAGCUCACAUGGGUUUACACAGAAUCAGCUUACACUUUGGAAGUACCCAUCCAUGGUGAAAAUGGCUGAGCUCACUGGUCAUACAUCAAGAGUUCUAUAUAUGGCCCAGAGUCCAGAUGGUUGUACUGUAGCUUCAGCAGCAGGAGACGAGACCCUGAGGUUUUGGAACGUUUUUGGAGUACCAGAGACUGCAAAAAAAGCUGCACCAAAAGCAGUUGCCGAGCCAUUUUCUCAUGUGAAUCGUAUUCGAUGAAGCUGUUGAAGACUAAAACAACAAGGAAAACCCAUUGAUUGUUACAAAAAGAAACUAUAUAUUUUUAUUUUUAUUUUAUUACCAAAGGAUUCAUUCUUCGUGAAUAUAAAGAUUACUUGUAUAUAUUGAAAUUUGAAAAAAGAAAGAUUAUGAUUUUAUACUCUUGAAGGAUAUCCACAUUUAUUAUUCUACUGGAAACAAAGUGAGACUUCAUGAAGUUGUGAUCA